UGCCAUCUGUACCGUCGUGAGAAACUACGAAAGAGAAACUGUAGUGUCAUACUGUCAUUCAGGUAAUUGUAUUUGAGGUAUUUUGGCGAAUCAAGCGCGAUGAUGAAUCUAUUUAUUGAAAAUGGGAAAGGAAAUUUACCCGAUUAUGAGGUACAGGGAGUGAGAAAAGUAAACUUCAAUCCAUAUUCCGACAAUGGAGGGAGUGUUGUGGCUCUCGCUGGGGAUGAUUUCUGCGUCAUAGCUGCAGAUACGCGUCUCAGCACUGGAUUCACGAUUCACACUCGAAAUCAAGAUAAAUUAUUUCCAUUGUCAGACACGACUAUCUUAGGAUGCUCCGGUUGUUGGUGUGAUACCACAACUCUAACUCGUCUCCUAUCUGCUCGCAUGCAGAUGUAUAAACAUGAACAUCAAAAGGAAAUGUCAACUCCAGCGACGGCACAAAUGCUGUCGAUAAUGCUAUACCAUAAGAGAUUCUUUCCUUAUUAUGUUAGUAAUAUACUUGCUGGAUUAGAUGAGAAUGGAAAAGGUUGUAUAUACAGCUAUGAUCCAAUUGGACAUUGUGAGAAAACUACAUACAGAGCCGGUGGUUCAGCUGGUGCACUUUUGCAACCACUUCUUGAUAAUCAGAUUGGUUACAAAAAUCAAGAAGGUGUUACUCCUGCACCUUUAACUCAAGAAAAGGCUAUAGCAAUCUUGAAAGAUGUUUUCACUUCUGCUGCCGAAAGAGAUAUAUACACAGGUGAUGGAAUAACUAUCAAAAUUAUUACCAAGGACGGAAUAGAAAUCUCCAGUUUUGCUCUGAGAAAGGAUUAAUCGGGAAAGAAAGCAUUUAAAGUAU